UAUCUUUAUAUAUUUCUCAAUCUCUGCUUCUCCAAUUUCUUUGCGCUCCUGACUGACCGGUCUGAAGAGUGAGGGUUUCAUUUCUUUCCGAAUUUUCGGAUAUUCUACGGGAAAGGUGAUCUUUUGUUUUUGUUAAUGAACUGAAGCCAUGAAGCCAGGAGUAUCUUCCCUGAAUCCAUAUGCAGCAUCAUACAUUCCGCUCUCCCAAAGAGAUAAUAAAGAUAGAACUUAUGUGACAGCAAAAGACUAUAGGAGUGGCAAUGAGUCUGUCCAGUUUGGAGCCCCUGAACAGCUCCAUAGAAAAUUUUCUCUCGACCCUUAUGCCCAUGGUACUGAAAAAAUCCCCAGUCGUGAAGUUUUUACAGUGAAGAGCCACCCUGCCCAUGGUUAUGGUUCAUCACCACAAAAUGUGAAUCAAGCAACAGAUAAACAGAUACUGGAUGAAGAAUUUGACAUGGAUUUGCAAUAUCUUCAGAUGACAUUUCCUGGUUUAUCUGAUCAGUCCCUUAAUGAUGUCUAUCUGGCAAAUAAUGGUGACUUGGAAGCCACUGUUGACAUGCUGAACCAACUUGAGUUCCAACCUUUUGAGUCUUCUGAAAGUCUUCCAGACACUUUGGACAUCGGCGAUGUCUCAGAAUUUGGAUCUUCAGCCGAUUGUGCGCCACUGAAACUGAAGAAUGUAGAGGGCGAAACCAGUGCUGCUUCAUCCAGCUCCUAGGACUUGGGCGAUUGUCUUCUGAUUGACCUUGUGAUCAACAAUCUUAUUUGUUUUGGUUGGUAUAUCUGAUCUUGUGGAUAAGAAGCAUAUAAAUAGGGCAUCUUCUUGGAGAUGGCAGACAUCAGACGCUAUGGUUGUAUAGUUCUGAGGCUCAUUGUUUUUGUUUGAUGGGUCAGAUUCCUCCUGUGCAGCUAUCGUGCAGAUUGCAUUUAGUUCAAAAUGAAAGGAUCUUUGCUGUUUUGUUUUUCUUUUAUGCUUUUGUCUUGCUUGGGGUAUAUGCUCUGUAAGGUUAUAAUUCUAAUGUCAUCUGAAGCUCUGGAUAUGUGAUGCUUUAAGCUUGUAGCAUGUGUUGUUGCGAAAUAUACCACAAUUUUAACCUGCUGA